AUGUCGUUUCGCGUGGUACGUAGCAGCAAAUUCCGCCACGUUUACGGAACAUCUUUGAAAAGGGAGCAAUGUUACGACAAUAUCAGAGUGUCUAAAUCCUCCUGGGACUCUACCUUUUGUGCUGUUAACCCCAAAUUUUUGGCUAUCAUUGUUGAAUCUGCUGGAGGUGGUGCUUUUAUUGUUUUACCACAUAAUAAGGUGGGCAGGAUAUCCGCAGAUCAUCCACUGGUCGGUGGCCACAAAGGUCCUGUUUUAGAUAUCGCCUGGUGCCCACACAAUGACAAUGUUAUCGCCUCUGGCUCAGAGGACUGCGUGGUGAAAGUUUGGCAGAUUCCAGACAGUGGGAUUUCGCGUACGCUCACGGAGCCGGUCGUCGACUUGCAGCUCCAUCAACGACGAGUUGGCUUGGUGUUAUGGCACCCGACCGCGCUCAAUGUCCUGCUGACCGCGGGCUCCGACAAUCUCGUGAUAAUUUGGAACGUCGGUACCGGAGAAGCUGUUGUCAAAAUAAACUGCCAUCCUGAUGUCGUCUACUCGGCCUGCUGGAACUGGGACGGCUCGAGACUGGUGACUACGUGUAAAGACAAAAAAAUACGGAUUGUCGAUCCCAGGUCGGGUGAAAUCCUGGAGGAAGCUAUUGCUCAUGAAGGAAAGGCGGUUUAAUAUUCACUACAGGAUUCAGCAAAAUGUCUGAGCGUCAGUAUUCGUUGCGGGCACCAGAUAUGCUAGGAGAACCAAUAGUUAUGGUUGAAUUGGACACCAGCAAUGGAGUAAUGUUCCCUCUGUAUGACCCAGACACCAGUCUUGUCUACUUAUGCGGCAAGGGCGACUCUGUUAUCCGGUACUUUGAAAUCACUCCAGAACCGCCAUUUGUUCAUUAUAUCAAUACCUUCCAAACACCCGAUCCACAACGUGGUAUCGGAAUGAUGCCAAAACGCGGCUGUGACGUUAAUAGUUGUGAAAUUAGUCGAUUUUAUCGUUUAAACAAUUCGGGAUUCUGCCAAGUUAUUUCGAUGACCGUACCAAGAAAGUCUGAAUUAUUUCAAGAAGAUUUAUAUCCUGAUACACCUGGUGAUACUGCAGCAAUUUCUGCUGAAGAAUGGGCUGCUGGUACCGACGCAGAACCUAUUUUAAUUUCUUUAAGAGAUGGUUAUCAACCUACAGCGUCUAAAAACGAAUUAAAAUGUACUAAAAAAGCUAAUGUACUUGGUAAAAGCACUAAAGUUGGAGCUAAUGCACAAAAUUCAUCGCAGAAUAAUGCUAACUUUGAGGAUAUAAUAAAAGAAUUCUCCGAAGAGAUAAGAAAGCUUAAAGCCGUUAUCGUGAAGCACGAAGGAAGAAUUCGCGUACUCGAGUCAGCAGUUGCAUUGCAAAUGAAAGAAGACGAAAGAGAAAGAAACGACAAUAAAACUUCAUCGUCUCCGGCAGAGAAAGAAUUUUUAGCUUCGGACGAAGUAUGA